AAUCCCGUCCGGGACGAGUUAAAACUAUUGGAUUUUGUUUCUCUUGAAUCAAUCCCGGCUGCAGAUGCCGGGAUUAGUUAAAAUUAAUUCCUACAUACAUACGUACGCACAUACAUGAUGUUGCAGAAUAUUCACGGUGAAAUUUUGAAUAUUUAUAGCUCCUCUAUUUGAAAGAAAGAACGAUCCUCUGUAGGCCUUAGAAGAGCAAAGAGAUGAAUCGGCUUCCGUUGCCGGUGGCCAAGAGGUAUGUGCUGCGGCUUUUCAUAUCACUCAAAUACGUGACUGCCAAUGUCGUGGAUCGGCGGAGCGGGCGAGUGGUGGUGACGGCAUCUUCGGUGGAGAAGGCGCUCAAAGAAGGGCUCGAGUGCGGUCGUACCUGCAACGCCAAGGCGGCGGCGGCCGUCGGAGAAGUGCUCGCUAUGCGCCUUAAGGUUGAUGGCCUGGCUCAGGAACCGAUAUACGCCGAUGCAGCCAAGGAGGUGGAGAAGAAGGGGUUCAAGAACCGCACCAAGGUUUGGGCCAUUCUCAAUGCGCUCCGCUCAAGUGGUGUCAACCUCCACCUUGACCAGGACGACCAUGGGCCUCCUGGUUGUCCCUGAUGGAGAUUUUUAGCCAUUUUUGCUUUAUCCAACAACGUGGGGUGUGUGCAUGGUGAUGGUAAUCGUGUUCGCCAACGUAUAAUGCUUAGGCUUCUUGUCAUCAUGGAGGUUGAGAAGUGCAUAGCUCCAGCUUAGGUUAAUGAAGGGCACCUUUUUGAUAAAAUGCUUGUGAGAUGUCGCAGGAACUCUGUUGGCUGGAAGGUAAUCCAACAAGAAGGGACUCGGCUCUUCUUGUUUCCUCUGGUACUAUAUUUGUGCAUUUUAUCAUGUAGGGCAAUGAUUUGACGAGUUGCAGCUUUGGUUAAUAAAUGGUAUGCUUUUGA